CUUAAAGAAGAAAUGGACAAACUUGGCCACCCAAGUGGAGCACAGCUUGAACAGAACAGAAGGCGAGUGGAGUACAAGAGACUAGGGAUUUAAAAUGGGUGAGGGAGUUAGAGAAGAAGGAGUUGGAGGAAGAACAGAAGAUGCAGCAGAGGAUAUGAAGUGAUGUGUAUUGGAGUUUUAGUUUGAUAGAGUUGCAAGGAGGGGAGUGUUGGGAGGAGUUGAGACACGUAUUGAGGGAUUGUUAUUAUGUGUUUGAUUUUGAUGUUUUGAGCAAGAUAAGGUUGGUGAGGAAAAUUAGGGGUUUUAAAUUAUUUGAUGUCAAGAAAAUGGAUUGAUUUAAUGUUUCAAACAGAAAUAAACGCUUUUUGAAGCUCUUAUUGCCUCAAUCUCCGAAUAAAGUAGGGCAAAUGUGAUUUUAUUUUAAAGAUGUAUCAAGAUUAAAUACUUCUCCUUAUUUUGAUUUAAUAACUAAACUUAAUUUGAGUUUUUGAAAAACAAUAUCAAUCUCUUCUGCAUCUAUUAAUCAAAGAAAAUUACAAAGAUUUAUUAGUGCGUACAGGCACGUUGGAAUAAUUUUAUUCUAUAAAUGCAGAUUUUGCCUUCCUACUACUCCUGAUUUCUCCAAAGCACUAAAAAACUCCAAAAUUCAACAAUUACAUUUCAUGCAUCAAAAGCCAUCAAACGGACAAGAAUGGAAAGAAAACCCUACAGAAUUCGAAAAUCUCAUCAGAGGACUCUCAACCUCCCCCGACCUCCACCAAUCCCUCACCCAAAUCAACCUCGCAGGCUCCUUCCCAACCCCUAAAAUCCCCCAAUCCAUCCUCACCAAGCACCUCUUCUCCACCAUAACCCUAUCCCUCUAAGCCCCAAUAGCCCACUUUUCAACCUAUAUUUCC